GGGAGCGCGUAACUCGUGGAGCUGUCAAUACAAUACGUAACUUAGGUUUGGCUGGUGUACGCGUUUGGAUGAUGACAGGAGAUCAUUCGGAACUUGGACUACAUAUUGCGUAUACAUCCAAAAUCUUUCAACCCACUUCUAUUGUUUUUCAAGCGCAUAUAUCGACUAAUGCCUCAAAGUGCUCCAUACUUCUUCGUACGGAAAUACGCUCUUUGUAUUCGCGUUUUUGUUCAUUAUUACAAACAAGACAUAUUGAUGAACCAGUAGCAUUAUUAAUUUCCGGGCCAGAAAUUGAGCUUUUCUUAAGCUCAGCUGACUUAAAAGUUGUUUUUUGUAGUCUGAUAUGUUGCAGUGAUGCAGUCGUUUUUUGUCGAAUGACACCCGAAUUAAAACGACGCGUUAUUCAGUUACUUAAAAAUAAAUUGACGCCUUCUCCAAUCAUUUUCGCUUUAGGAGAUGGUUCUAACGAUAUUCCUAUGUUUAAGGAAGCUGACGGUGGUAUUGUCGUUAUGAAUACAAAGCAAAAGUGUUAUGCUCCAUGUUUGAAUUCUCUUUACGUUCAAAUCCCUUCUAUUAAAGAAGUGAAGAGUUUGUUUUUUGUUCAUGGACGAUUAUUUUCUAAGCGCAUAUGGUUUGCAACAAUUCUAGUGUAUUAUUCGGCUGGUUUGUUUUUGGGAGAAGUUGUUACAUUAGGUUACUUUACUGGAAAUACUUAUAACUUUUUAUAUACGUUUGAACGUUUGUUGUUUUGUCAAUUUUUCUUUUGUGCAUGUAUUAUUUCUAUUCAUUCCUUAUACUUUAAAGAUAUACCCAAUCCAAUUGCUGAGAAUUUACCUUGGGCUUAUCUUCUAUCGCGUCGGGAGUUCCGAAGUAAAUGCCCCUAUAUAUUUGUUGAAUUUAUAAAAGGAUUUUUGACUUUAAUUGUAUCCAACUAUUUUAUAACUAUUCCUUACUUUUCCUCUUUGACAUUUUAUCACUAUAAUUUAACGAUCAAAGAUUUAUAUGUUGAUUAUACCACUGGUUUUCUAUCAUGUUGUGUAUGGGAAAUGAUUAUGGAAACUUGUCACGGAUUAACUAAAAAUUCUUUUUUACUUUAUUUAAAGUGUAUCAUUUUAUGGUACUUUUUGUUGUUUCUUGGAUAUAUUUAUUGGAUUAUUUCCUUUAGUAAAUUUUUUUUUAAACCAUGCUCAGAUAUCCUUAUAUUUGAUGAACGACAUUUAAGUUAUUGGUGUCGACAACCGUAUAUUUUAUUGGUGUGCUUUAGCGUUGCUACAAGUAUUAAUCUUACAAGACGAAGAUUCUUUUCUACAGUAUUGGAAAGAUUCUCACAUAAUUUAAUUAUUUUCUUAUCAAAUCUUUAUUAUCAAAAAAAAAGUCUCUUUAAAGAUCUUUCUCAAAACACUCUACUAUCCCAAAUUACAUCUAUUUGUAAUCCUUUAAAGAAGAAAAAUGUUAAAUUUCUUCCCUUACCUGUUCAAUAUAAAUUAGUUCAAGAUAAUAAUCGUCAACAUGCGUUAACUUGUAAUUUACCUUUUGUAUCCGAUAUUGAUAAACUUUCUGUUUUGGUUCACCUGAAAAGUCAACAUCGUCAACGUCAUUUGAGUGAAGAUUUAGAAGCUCCUUCUUUUGAAUUAUUACAAAUGUUUUGGGGAACUCGUUUCAAAUUUGCUGAUUUUCCAAAAAAGAAAACACCAAACUUUUUUGAAGAAAACAUUCAUAUUACUGCACCCUUUUCUCAACGGUAUUCAUCUCAUAAAAACAGUCACUCGACGACCGUGUCAUCUUGUAAAUCAAUUCAUUCUUAUACAAAUAUAGCUGGAUCUCUUAAUUCAGCAACGUGUACAAAAAAUUCACCUCAUAAUUUAAUUCAUGCAAAAGAUUACGCACAUAAAAAAAAAGAAGUACAUGAUUUCGAUUUUAUUCUUCAUAAAACAAAUCACGUACGUGAUACGUUGAAUUGGAUAACAUUGCGGUUUCACGAUCCUCAGCUUGAAAUAGAAUAUCAAAAAUAUCGAAUAUGUAGUGGCGAAAAUAUGGAAAAAGUAUUCUAUUAUAUAUUCUUUUUAAUUUGGACAGCUUGUGUAGUGAAUAUUGUUUGGGAUCUUAGGCUUUUUUUGGGCCGUGAAACUCAAGAUUUUUUCGCCGUUUAUUAUCCGUCCAAUGCUUUUCUUCUUGAUUGUCUUGUGGUUUUUUUAUCCUUUGCAAUUUAUUAUUCCAUCUUUCAUUCAGAAUGGUUUUAUUUUUUAAUACGUUUUAUUUGCAUUAUUUGCACCAUUAACAAAGAAAUCAUUCAUUAUACUAAAUGUGAAGAUGGAGCAUCUUUUGCAUCUAUUAUCUCUGUGCUCACUUUUGUUAUUCUCCGUAUACCUUUUUUUUAUGCCUUGCUUCAGAAUAUUGUUUUUAUGAUUCUAUUUAGCAUAAGAUACAUAUGCACUUUUCAAAAAUGUUUGGGGAAUAUAGAAAACGUAAAUCACUUUUUUGAAGAUACUAGUUUGUUUACUCCUAAUGCAGAACUAAGCCAUUUCAAAUAUAACGCGACCACUUCUUUUUAUUCCGUAACCCAUUUCGCCCCUUUUUUCAUCGGAAUUCAAAUAUUAAUUGGUUUUGUUGGGUACAAACUAGAAUACAAUGAACGUUGUGGUUUCUUUCUUAGCUAUCAAGCCCAUGUAGCUCGGCAGAAACGUCGUGAAAUGCUGAACACAAUGCUGCCAUCUUUUGUAGUAGAACAAUACCUACGAGCUGCUUUGAAUCUUACACGAUCGCUAGGCACUGUGGAACCAAAAGAACAUAGUAUUGUUUCAGUUGUAUUUUGUGACGUACACAAUUUUGAGCAAUUAAUAACAAAUGUUAAACCAACGCAUUUAAUUCAAGCGUUAGAUUCCCUUUUUUUGUGCUUUGAUAAGUGCGUUGAUUUUCAUAAAGGGGCUAAAGUGGAGACCGUUUUUGAAACAUACCUUGUAGCGACAAGUUUGAAUGCAGAAGGCUCUUCACCAAACAAUAACGACACAAAUCAUGCUCAUAUUGCAGUAGAAAUAGGUAGAAGCAUGCUAGAGAUAGCCAGAUGUAUGGUUUAUCAAACUAAAACUGUUUCAGUAGAUGCUUCUUCAUAUGAUAAUUUAAAAAGAAAUAAUAAAACGAAAUUCGAGCGUAUUCAUGUUCGCAUUGGAAUACACUCCGGAUCUGUUUAUAGUGGAGUUGUUGGUGUAAAGAAGCCCCAGUACUGUUUAUUUGGAGAUACAGUCAAUACAGCGAGUCGUAUGAAAAGUACUGGAAUGUGUGACAGAAUCCACAUAUCCCAGAUCACUUAUUCCUUUUUAAAAAAAGAUUAUAAAUACAAAUGGGAACCACGACUUAUUCAAGUAAAGGGUAUUGGAUUAAUGAAAACAUAUUUAUUACAACCCGCCUAUGAAAAAUCGCAUUAUCAUCGGUCGUCUCAUCAAUGGGUGUCAAGUUUGUCAAUGUUUGAAAUCAAUACAAGCUCUUCAUUUAGUAAAGAUAUCAAGAAAAUUUAUCAAUGUGAAGAAAUGUAUUCAAAAGAUACUUUCUUGAAUAAAUCCAAAUUAUCUAAAAACUCAAUGAUAUUAAAACCGACAAGCGAUCUAAAAACUUUUCAAAAAACUCCUUUAUGGAUUGUUUCCAGGUCCUCAACAUUAAGUUCUUCUUUAUCCUUUAAUCUCUACACAAAACCUUUUAUUUUUCAAUGUUGUAUACAAUGUUGUCAUUGGUGUUUAAGAAAUUUUUUUUUUCCGAUUCCUACUUUUUUGCAUAUCCCUUCUUUUACUAUAUCUCAAUGCAAAAACAACUCAAAUGAAGUGAAAACAAAACAUUAUUAUCGUAAAAAAUUAGCUCCCAUCAACUCUAUCGUUUGCCCUGAAUCUAAAUAUUACAUGUUCAGUCGACUGUUGUGUUUUCGUAAUGCGUUUGUUGAGGAAAAGUUUUGUAGCCAAUUUUAUAAAAAUGAACUUAACAUGAGUUCUAUUGAGCAAUCUCUCAUUUUAUUCCUAAUUUUAUUUAUUACUGAAACUUGGGCAAUACUUCUUUUACCGACUCAAAAUAAUGUUAAAAACAAAGUCGACAUUGAAUAUCUUCAUUGGACAACAAGAAUGUUUUUCAACGCUACGCUAGUUUUUCUUUUUUGUCUUAUAAGAGAAAACUUUUCUUCUGUUAUUUGGCAGAAGAAAGUGACAAGACAUUUUCUGAUUGGAAUUCUCCAUUUCAUUUUAUUGAUGGCAGGAACCAUUAUUAUUCUGACAAAUAUUAUGACUUCUGUUUCUUUACUAGACAAAAGAAAACUCUUUCUUGCUUCUUUCAAUAAUAGUCCAAUUAUUUUUUUGACACUCAACUUUAUUGUUAUGACGCCCAAAUUUUCUUGGUUUCCUAGUGACAAGUUACAAUUUUUUUUUUAUAUAACUAUUCUCAACAGUUGCUCUGGUUUACUAUUUUCUCAAGCCCUGGCUUUUAAUUUAACCCUAAUCACAAUUUUAUGUAUUAUUAUUGGAAUAAAUAUGUAUAAGGGUCUCAACUCAUCAAACUCAUGUGUCUUAGUGUGUUUUCUUGUUGUAAAUCUUAUUUCUAACUAUUUAAAAGAAUCAACUGACCGUACAUUAUUUGUUGCUAAUGAAGAACUUCAGUUAACAGCACAAAGAGCUCAGGAACUAUUAGAGGAUAUGCUUCCCCGUCAAAUUUUAUGCGAAUACCAAGAAGAUCGACUUAAAUUGGCAUACAAACAUGAAAACAUGUCGUUUUUAUUUGCUGACAUUUGUCAUUUUACACCGUGGGCUAAACGAACGGAAGCAAAAGAGGUUAUUCGAUUAUUGCAACAACUUUUUAAUCAAUUUGAUUAUUACGCAUCUUGUUUUAAUUUAUUUAAACUGUGUACUAUCGGUGAUGCUUACAUCGCCGUCACUGAACCCCUUGUAAGGAAUGAAAGUUCUCGAUCGGCUGCAGCACAUGGUGGUAAACGUGUUUUACAAAUGGCAGAAGCUAUGACAGUUGCCAUUAAAUCAAUGCGAUCUGAAAAACAAAUAUGGGACUUAGGAAUGCGGAUAGGUGUUCAUUAUGGAGAUUGUUUUGGAGGUAUGAUCGGUUCUGGACGACUACGUUAUGACUUAUGGGGUCAUGACGUUAUAACUGCGAAUACGAUGGAAUCUGAGGGAAAACCAGGACACAUUUGCGCUUCGGAUUCUUUUUGUAAUUUAAUUGAGGAAGAAUUUCCAAAGCAGUUUGAUUUUCAAUUUUAUAAAAUGGUCAAUGUGUGCGGUAAACAAGUUAAAACGUAUCUUCUCGCCAAUACAUGUCAAAACGACGUAAAUAAAGGUUUUGAUUUUUCAAUCCAUCAAGGCAUGUAGUCUUUUUGUUAGCAACGACUAAAGAUUGAUUUGUAAAUUCUUUCUCUUGAAUAUUAGAAAAAAAUAAUAUUGAAACCAAUAGAAAACCAUAAUAAGUUUAAUAUUUUAUUUUUUUUUAUUUUAAAAACUGUAUGUUUUUUUAUGAUACUAGAAAUUAAGUGAACAUGCUUUGUUUAAAUAAUAAU